UAUUUAAGAAAGAAAGAAAGAAAAAAAAGGAAAAACACCCAUCACCUCUAUCUGCAAAACAGUUAACCAGCUUUGAUCCCGCUCAAAUACUUACAUAUAAAAAGCUGCAAGAGUGAGAAAGUUUGGCUAUAGCAAAAAUGGGGAACUGUUAUGGAACUCCCGUGGAUAAUCAUAGCCCAACCAUCACCAACCACCCUACCCCUGCAGAUGACGCGUUGAGGAAGGGUAAGAGAGCGAGCAGUGAGAGACGCGGAAGUGGGAGAAAGAGUAGGGAGGCGGAGGUAGAAAAUUACGGGAGUGAAACGACGUCGUCGGUGGCUGAAACUGGGAAGAUAGUUACGCCAAACUUGAAGAUGUUCACGUUAGCAGAGCUCAAGGCGGCCACCAGAAAUUUCAGACCAGACACACUCUUAGGAGAAGGUGGGUUCGGUCAAGUUUUCAAGGGUUGGUUGGACGAGAAAACCUACGCCCCCUCUAAACCCCGCGUCGGCAUCGCCGUCGCCGUCAAAAGAUCUGAUCCGAAUAGCCAGCAAGGUUUAGAAGAAUGGCAAUCAGAGGUGAAAUUUCUGGGGAAGUUUUCUCAUCCAAACCUGGUCAAACUACUGGGGUACUGCUGGGAAGAUCAACAAUUCCUUCUCGUCUAUGAAUACAUGCAAAAAGGGAGCCUCGAAAGCCACCUUUUUCGAAAGGGUGCAGAGCCAUUGGCAUGGGAUACACGGCUAAAGAUAGCGAUCGGAGCAGGUCAGGGGCUUGCGUUUUUGCACACGUCGGAGAAAAGUGUCAUUUACCGUGACUUCAAGUCCGCUAACAUUUUACUGGAUUCAGAGUUUAACGCUAAACUCUCAGAUUUUGGGCUCGCAAAACACGGCCCAAUAAAUGGCAACUCGCAUGUCACCACGCGAGUCAUGGGCACCUGUGGUUAUGCAGCCCCUGAAUAUGUUUCCACAGGCCACUUAUAUGUGAAAAGCGACGUGUAUGGUUUUGGUGUGAUGCUGCUAGAAAUGUUAACGGGCUUGAGAGCUUAUGACCCGAACCAGCCCAUUUCCAAGUACUUCUUAGUGGACUGGGCCAAGCCUUCCUUGUCCAACAAGAGAAAGCUCAAGAAAAUUAUGGACCCUACCCUGGACGGUAACUACCCUAUCGCCGCCGCUUUACAGGCCGCCGAGCUCGUACUACGCUGUCUUGAAUCCGACCCAAAGAACCGCCCAUCAAUGGAACAAGUAGUCAACACUCUGCAUCAGAUCAGGGCAGUCAAGGACAAACCCAAACCUUCUUCUUCUUCUUCGUCUAGUCGUCAGGGUCAGCCCAAGCACCAACCUCGUCUUUCUAACCGCUCCCCGCGUCAGAUACCCGCCACCAAAGGUCGAUUACCUUAGCACCCUCGGCAUGUAAUUAAUACAUACAUAUAUAUAUAUAUAUGUAUGUAGCGUUGUGUAUCUUGUUUGUGGGAAGAAAUAUAUUAGUGUUACUUCCUGUUAAA